AUGGAGUUUAGAAGCUGUAGCAUCAUCCACAUGUUGGAAUCAUGCUUUCUCCUCUUAAUUAUUUUCCAGUUCGCAGAGGGAUAUGAUCCUGUGGAUCCCAAUGGGAACAUCACCAUCAACUGGGAUUUCCAAACUAUUACUGAUGUUUACACGGUCAUGGUAAGAAUAUACAAUUUCCAGCUCUAUCGGCACGUCGAGCCGCCCGGUUGGAGGCUAAGCUGGGCGUGGGCCGGCGACGAAGUUAUCUGGGCCAUGACCGGCGCGGAAACCACUGAGCAGGGUAGCUGCUCAAGAUUCAGGGGAGAAACUAUCCCACAUUGCUGCGAGAAGAGCCCAGUUAUUGUGGAUUUGCCCCCCGGAACUCCUUACAAUAUGCAAGUAGCCAAUUGUUGCCGAGGAGGAGUGCUUUCGUCGACCACGCAGGACCCGAUCAAGUACGCGUCAGCGUUCCAGAUGGUCGUGGGGAAUGCGAAUGCCAGGAAUUCGACGGUCGAAAAGCCGUCGAAUUUCAGUAUCGGAGUUCCGGGUUACACGUGCAGCGACGCUGUCGAUGUUGCGCCGAGCAAGUUCCGGCACGAUAACCGAAGAACUACACAAGCUCUAAAGACAUGGCAAAUUACUUGCUCCUACUCCCAGUUCAGGGAAUCAGAUCACCCAAGCUGCUGUGUUUCUCUCUCUACAUUCUACAACAACACCAUUGUCUCCUGCCCUCACUGCAGCUGCGGUUGUCAAUCGCCGAUCACGGCACCGCAAUGCGUCAGGCAAUCUCCAUUUCCACUCAACUCGCUCUUUUCUCCGGAGAAUGAGCAACCUAACUUCUUGCAUCUACUAAACGGCGACGAUGGCUCGACGACACUCCCUGUCGUGAUGUGCACUCAGCAUAUGUGCCCGAUUCGCGUACACUGGCACCUGAAAUUGAACUACAGGGAGUACUGGAGGGUUAAGGUGACGAUCACGAACUUCAGCGUGCGCCAGAAUUACAGCAAUUGGAACUUGGUGAUUCAGCAUCCGAACCUUCGAAGCCUGACGCAAGUAUUCAGCUUCAACUACCGGCCUCUUAUUCAAUACGGCGAUACAAAUGAUACUGGGAUGUUCUGGGGGAUACAGUACUACAAUGAUAUGCUACUCGAGUCCGGCGAAAACGGGAACGUGCAAACUGAGAUGCUGCUGCAGAAGGAUCCCGCGGAAUUCACAUUCAAAGGAGGAUGGGCUUUUCCUAGGAGGAUAUACUUCAACGGCCACGAGUGCGUCAUGCCGCCGCCCGAUACGUACCCUAUUCUACCCAGCGGUUGCUCCGAUGCCCGUCGUUUCCUCUACCUCGACGGGAACCUCCUCUCGGGCCCGAUCCCCGGCGAGCUCUCCUCCCUCCGCGCCCUCGCCCACCUCGAUCUCCGAUCCAACAACCUCUCGGGCCCCAUCCCCGACCUCGGCCCCGUCCGGGGCCUCCUCUACCUGCAGGCGAGCGACAACGCGCUCUCGGGGCCCUUCCCGGGCCCGGGGCGCCUCCCCGCGUCCCUCCUCGCCGCGUCGCUCCGCGGCAACCGCCUCGGCGGCGCGCUGCGGGGCGCGUCCCUAGCGGCGCUGCCCGCGCUCCGCGUGCUGGACCUGGCCGGGAACGCGCUGGAGGGCGGCGUCCCCGGCGCGGCGUUCGCGCACCCGGCGCUGGAGCAGCUGAACCUGGCGUCGAACCGGCUGGGGGGGCGGGUGGAGGAGCCGGCCGACGGGGCGUGGUCGACGAGCCGGCUGGUGGCGGUGGAGCUGGGGCGGAACCGGAUCGGGGGCGCGCUGCCGGGCUUCUUUGGGAUGAUGCCGCGGCUGGCGGCGGUGGGGCUGGAGGGGAACCGGUUCGUGGGGGUCAUCCCGCCGCAGUACGCGCUGCGGGUGGCGGGCCUCGGUCUCGGGGAAUGGGCCCCGUUCGCGCGGCUGAUGCUGGCGGGAAACUACCUGAUUGGGCCGAUACCGAGCCCGAUGGAGGGGCUGAAGGAGGGGAGCGCCGUGGUGACGCUGGCCGACAACUGCCUCCUCCGCUGCCCCCCGCAGGUGUACUUCUUCUGCCAGGGCCUGCCCCAGAAGCCCGCCGCCACGUGUCGCGCCUUCAACCCCGGCCAACCAUCCCCUCACUUAAACUAA